AUGGCCCUCGCGAACGCGACGUUCGCGCUCGCGAGCGCGUGCUCGAAGACGUCGCUCGCGACGUGGACGAAGAUGGUCGAAGAGAACGGCGGACGGCUCGUCGCGCGCGGCGCGAGACUGGACGCGGACGCGCGCGUGACGCACGUCGUAUUCGUCGACGCCGCGUCGCACUCGACGCCGGCGGCGACGCGCGCGACGAUCGAGGCCCUGCCGUUCGCGUGCCGCGGCGUCGUCCCCGGGCGCGCUCCUCCGAUGCUCCUCGCGAAGACGUGGCUCGUGGAGAGCUGCAAGCGGCACGCGAGAGGGGAGCCGCCCGCGGCGUUCGAAUCGCACGAGCUGUCGCGCGACGCUUCGAACGAGGGCGGCGGCGUCCGCGCGCCGCUCGCGACGGUGCAGCCGGACGCGGACGCGCUCCCCGCGCGUCGCGGCGGCGGCGGCGCGACGAAAUCGCCGCGGCGAUCGGCGAUCGACGACGACGACGCGGUCCGCGUGCUCGACGCGCUGACGUCGGCGGCGACGGCUCGCGACCUGGACGCGUCGCGAGAUCCACACGACCUGCGUUCCGCGUGCGUCGCCGCGACGUUACGAGAGGCGUGCGCGUCCCUGCGCGAGUAUCGACCGAAUCGUCGCAUGACGAGCCGCGCGGACUUCGACCGGUUCGCGUCGCAGGGGUAUCCCGGGUUCGUGGGGAGGACGUGCGCGGCGCGCGACGUCGUCGAGGACGCGAUGGGCGCGACGUGGGACGCGCGCGACGCGUCCGAUCACGACGCCGCCGCCGCCUUUGCCGCCGCCGCGGCCACGUCAAAAGCGGGGAAACGCCGACGCGUCCGCGGCGAGGAUCGCCUGUCGACGCUCCCGCCCGAGGUGCUGCGGAGGUGCCUGGACGGCCUCGCGAUGCUCGACGUGUUGGCGGCCGCGGCGACGUGCCGCGGGCUCGCCGCCGCGGCGCUCGGGGAUCGACUCGCGACGACGACGGCGGCGGCGGCGGCGGCCUCGCCGCCGUGGCCGUCGCGACGCGGCGGCGUCGGCGCCGUGCGGGCGCUGAGGGUGAUGACGUGGAACCUGAAGAACAACGACCCGGACCCGAGCAGACGGUUCGCGAACCAGCCCGGCGCGGGCGCGAAGGACGGAGGGUGGCACUGGCACUCGCGCGCGCCGCUCGUGUCGCGCGUGAUUCAAAACGAAAAGCCGCACGUGUUGUGCGUCCAGGAGGACAUGCUGUCGAUGACCCGGGAAGUGUUCGCGUCCAGGGAGAUGCGCGCGGCGUCGUGCCUGGAGUAUUCGUGCUUUCCGUCCCCGGUGGGCGGCGAGCGCGGCGCGGACGACCGCGUGUUGUUGGAAGCGAACGACGACUACGACGGCGAGCCGGGCGCGGUCUCGAUCGAGAUCGCGAAGCUCGUCAGGAGUAAAGGGCGGUGGGAGCAGUGCGGGGUGUGGUGGCGGCGCGACACGUUCGAUUUGAUCGAAGCGGGACAGUUCGAGUGGGUGGACGGGAGGUUCUUCGCGGCGUACGAAGCGUGUCUCGAACGCGGCGGCGGCGGCGGCGGCGGCGGCGGCGGCGACGCGACGUGGACGCGAAAAGGGAAGAUGGGGUACGGCCUCGACGCGCACAUGAUCCCGAUGACGUGGGCGCUUCUGAGACUGAAAGACGGCGAAGGAGGCGAGUCCGGCGCGAGCGGUGACGAGGGCCGCAGGUUCUUGUGCUGCAGCACGCACAUCGAGAGCGGGCACGACUGGUCCUCGGACGUGCCCGCGAAAAUUCGAAGCUCGAAGUGCAUCCGCGCCGCGGUCGGCAGGUUACAGCAGAAGUUCGGCGCGGACGUGCCGCUGAUACUCGCGGGGGAUCUGAACCAGCAGAAGGUGCAGCAGCAGUACCGUCAGCUCACGGGCGAGGGACGCGCGUUGUGGCGCGGGAUGACCGCGCUGGCGCCUCCCUCGAACGCGGAGAAGGGUAAAGGCGGCGGCGGCGGCGGCGGCGGCGGCGCGUCGCGGUUCAACUUCGCCCCUCUCGACGCGUCCAAAGACGAGGACGACCGCCGCCGCGACCUCGUGGACGUGUUCGACGCGCUGGACGUCGACCGACCAGACGCCCGGUUCGAACCGCACGGCUCCACGUCCGUCGCGGAGCGAACCGUCCGCUCAGGCGGCCACCCCGGGACGACGUGGCACGACUGGAACGGCCCUCAGCACGCGCAGAUGAUCUCGCGGUUCAUGGCCGCGGACAACCAGGGCGCGAAGCACCACGCGCAGCUGACGCACGCCGACGAGGCGGAGCUCGCGGAGGGGGUGUUGGACUCGUGGCGCGCUCGCGACGCGCGAUUCACGACGCGGACGCGCGCGGGGUGGGGACGGUCGGUCGCGGACGCCGCGGGCGUCGGCGGCGGCGGCGGCGGGAAGGUCGGCGGCGCGGCCGGGACGUCGAAGCGUCUUCGCGGCGCGGCGGGGCACCAGAAACAUAUCGACCACAUCUACGUCGCGCGAGGGGACGGCGUCCGCGACGACGCGCGAUCGGACGUGCAACCCAAGGUGCGCGUCGUCGACGCGCGCGUCGUGACGGCCGUCAACAGCGAACGUCUGCGUCACCUGUCGGUCUCGUCGUCGUCGUCGUCGUCGUUGGAGUCGUCGUCGUCCUUGUCCGCGUCCGCGUCGUCCGCGUCGCUCGACACGCGGUGCGUCUGCGGCGCCGCGGCCGCCGCGGUCGCGAGAGGCGACCCGCCGUGGUCGCGGUCGGUCGCGGACGCGUGCACGUGCGGCGAGUUCGGCGUCUGGGCGAGCGACCACUUCCCGGUGGUGGCGGAUCUGCGCGCGAGCUAUUCGAAAGGCGAGCGGAAGCCGCGGUCGCGUCGCGGCGAGCGGGAGCGCGCGCACGGGUCGCCGACGCGAGGGGGGACAUGGGGGACGGAGUCGCAGGAGUGA